AUGAGGUGGGUGCAUGAGAUUCAGUCUCUUCUAUCCCUCUUGAAAGCCCACAUACAUCUAUACAUUUACAUCUACAUCAACAUAGAUACAUUGCAAGAUGUCGAAGGGGAAAUGUCGCGAGUUUCAAAGAAAAAGAACAAACUAACAAAUGAAUAUGUAAUCAAUCAAAAACACACAGUUAAAAGUGAGAGAAUCAGUCAGAUUAAGUAAAAACGCAUUUAAUUGCAGCAAGCUUAAAAUUGUCGGUCGAAUCAACAUGUAGAGAUCAGAGUUUUCUACGAGGCUAAGUUCAAACUUAGUCUAACUAUCUGGAAUACCUUAGUUGAAGUUUUUUAAAGAUGAUGCUUACACUUGUCACCACGCAUAAUUUCUGCACAUCAGGAAAGAGGGUUAGGAGGAAUGCGUGGUUAACAUGAAGAAUUUGUUUGUUCUAACGGCGAUGUCUCUGAUGUGCAAACCGUGUUCUAUUUUUAAAAUCCAUUGAGUCGUAUUCUCUCUGGCUCAUACACGAACCACGAGCUUUCACGUGCAAGCUACGUGACACUACAACUCACAGUACGGGCCUGAUCACAUGAGCCAGGGAAGCUGUAGCCUGCGAGCAAGCUCUCCUAUUUGGGCAAGCGAAGCGAGCCUAUUCACUCGCCCAAAUAGGAGAGCUUGCUUGUAAGCUAGGAAAGCUGUAAGCGUGAACAGUGUGUUACCUGCUGUCCUGUUUCUCGCUUGGCUCAUUUGCCAGACCGCCUGGCAAGCGUGAUUACCUUAUUCGUACUUAAUUUCGCGAUUUUCGCGAUUGUUAAAAAAUCGCGAAAUUAAAGCCUCGCGAGUGAAAAUCCUCGCGAAUUUACACACGCGAAAUUAAAUACCAUGGUAAGAAAUUUGAAUCACAAAAGAUCAACAACGACAUGUACAGCAUAUGUAUCGCCGACAUAAAUAAUAAAUUAUUCCCUGGUAAGCUCAGGGGCACCCAACGAGAAUAUAGUUCAAAACCACUUAAACAUAGCAUUGGUGAAUGUAUUUUAGUAUUUAAACGGUAGAUAUAGGCAUAUUUUUAUCCCCUAAAAAUUUUUCAUCUGUUCGGAAUUCCUAACUGAAAGUCUAGUGAUCCGAAAAUUAUAGGGAUCAAAACUUACCUUUUCGAAAAUGUUAGCCAGAAAAUAGGCUCCCGAAAAUUCUAGGUGAACUUUUUAGGGUAAAAAUUAGUUUAAAAUGGGCAAGUAUACCAUUUUUUAUAUGUUCGAAAAUCCUAGGAGAGGCAUGCAAGAAAGAAAUUUUACAACAAAUGUUCCGAAAAUUCUAGAUCUCAAAUCGUCUUCCGAACAGAUAUUUUUUCGAAAAUUGUCGCUGGGUGCCCCUGUAAGCUCCAUUUUGCAUCUUGUCAAGUGUGAUCAGUAAAGGUAAUCUGCAAAGAUUUCACAUGAAUAUAUCGAGCAGAAAAAUCUAACUACUCAUCUUCAUCUGAGGAUGAUUUGACUGUUAAUAGAGAAGCAAAAAAGUUUAUGAAAGACCAAUUCACGUCUUGGUACUUGGCGCAAAUUCAAAUUCAACUAGAUUCAGGGGUGGUCCUCGAUGAUGUUGAUGUUGACCUGCGACUCUCCGUUCUCAAACCAAUUCAUGCAACUUAG